AUGCCUGUGCCGCUGGGUCCAGAAUCCAAGAAAAAAGACAAAUCCACCGUGGGCCCCAACGGCAAAAGCAACAUGAAUGACCCCUUAUCAACGCCGAAUACCACUAUCACGAUGACCACCACUGCUGAAACGACCACGAAUGUCCAGCCCACAGCGUCGGGUAGAGGGCCCGGAGUGAUGACGCAGGAGGAGGUUGAUCGACUGUACGAGGAGCGCAUGGAAGAGGAGUACGCGAAGCGCGAGGGGGGCGCAUGA